AUAUGACUCGGCCGGGUGACCCAAGCAAGCUUUUACUCACAACUCCGUAUUAAGGCUUCGAUUUUGAAAUCGACAACCAAGUCUCAUCGUGCAUUUCAAGCUGCUUUACCGGCUAGGAUAUGGCUGUAUAGGUGAACAUGCUAACGACAGUGUUUGAAACACCCGUGAGUGAAAUUGACAAGAUUAUGUACAUUUCACUAACAACAUUCUGGAGAUUUAACCUAUAUUGCGUCUGUGAUUGACAGGGCACUGCUAUCACUUGUCCACCGCUGGCAGGAUCUACUACAUGACCAAAGGUGGGUUGGACAUGACUUAGAAAUGACACACACGGUAUGAAAUAGAAGCGUCCACAGAUUGUCCACCCCCUGUCACGCAAAUAGGAGACUUUCUGACAAGACAUCGAUGUUGCGACAUAUUAAUUUCAAUAGCAUCGGUCUAUAAUCUGUUGAGAUUAUCGACUGAUAUAUUUUCUACAUGAAAAAAAAUUGGUGAGACAAGACGUGAAAAAUUCAAGAUGGCCGAAAACGACGUCUGCAAAAACGUCUGCGAGUUGUGUCCAGGCGAGCUCGUAGGAAGUUUUGGGUGGCCGGACAUUGUGUUGUUUGUGAGUAUGUUGGUGAUUUCGGCUGGAAUCGGAGUCUUUUAUAUGAUUCGCGAAGCAAGGGCUGCUGAGAAGGCCACACCAGACGAUAUUUUGAUGGGUGGUAGGGACAUAGGCGUGUUUCCAAUCGCGAUGUCCUUGAUGGCUAGUUUUAUGUCCGCCAUUACGGUACUUGGGACUCCCACGGAGAUGUAUAACAACAAUACGAGUUUCUGGAUCGCUUCUUGGGCAAUGAUACCAACCGCUGUCAUGACAAACCACGUAUUCCUGCCAUUUUUCCACAAGCUCAACCUUACAAGUGCCUAUGAGUAUUUAGAAAAUCGCUUCAACCGGGCCGUGCGAGUGUGUGCCUCCCUUCUGUUCUUGCUCAACAUGCUUCUGUUUAUGGGGGUCGUGCUCUAUGCUCCAUCUCUGGCGCUUAAUUCAGUGACCGGGUUGAGUCUGGAGCUGUGUAUAGCAAUCAUUGGUAUGGUGUGCACGUUCUAUACAGCGCUGGGUGGUCUGCGAGCCGUGGUGUGGACAGACACCUUCCAGACACUUGUGGUGAUGGCGGGCCUGGUUGCAGUGGCUGUGCGGGGGUCCAUGGAGGUGGGCGGGGUCGAGCGGGUGUGGCAGAUUGCAAACGAGAAGGGACGGAUCUUCUUCUUUGAUUGGGAUCCAGAUCCCGCUGUGCGACAUUCUGUCUGGUCGCUCCUCAUUGGCUCCUGGGUAGGUCAGCUCACAAUAUAUGCAGCCAAUCAGACGACGAUCCAGAGAUACCUGGCCAUCAAGAAGAUACGCAAUUCGCAAAAGGCCCUCUACAUGAGCAUCCCGCCCACGCUCAUCUUAUCCUGUCUCGUCUGCUUCGUGGGCCUCGUCAUCUUCGCCGUCUACCACGACUGUGACCCCUACAUCCUAGGUCAUGUCAGGGCCAGGGAUCAGCUCUUGCCUUUCCUGGUCAUGGACAAGCUGACCAUACUACCUGGCCUGGCCGGACUGUUUGUUGCCAGCCUGUUUAGCGCGUCUCUCAGCUCGAUCUCGUCAGGCCUCAAUGCUCUUUCCAUUGUGUUCCUGGAGGAUAUUCUCAAGCUAGUGUGGGAGUCCAGGAAUUGGGUGCCGUCUCCCGUCUUCCUCAAUAGGACAGCCAAGGUCAUAGGGUUGGUGUUUGGCGGUGCCGUCAUUGGCGUUGCGUUUCUGGCACGUCUUAUUGGACAAACCGUAUUGCAGAUCGUGCUGAGCAUCUUCGGAGUAAGUGGGGGACCCCUGCUCGGAUUGUUCGUUUCUGGAAUCUUCAUACCCUUCAUCAACGCAUGGGGUGCACUCUGUGGGUUGAUACUGUCCACGGUGCUGGCGUUCUGGGCCGGCGUGGGGGGCACGCUCAUCCUCCCCUUUCCUUCAGUCAGCAACGUCAGCAUCAGCGCCUGUGACGACUGGGUUGGCGUCCUCCGCAACUGCAGCAUCAGCGAGGACCAGAUAGCGUCUAUGCUCAAUUCUACAAUGGCUGCUCCCUCUACGGAACCGAAGGGAGAGGAUUUCUGGAUCUAUCACCUGUCCUAUCUGUGGUACGCGCUGUACGCUGUCCUCAUAUCAGUCCUCACCGGGGUCCUCGUGACAUUCAUCACGUCCACGUGUACAGGUUUCAACACCCCCAGCAAGGUGACGUCAAGUUUUAUUCAUCAAGCAUGUGACCGGAUAUGCUGUUAUCUCCCCUUGGCAUGUGUCAAGGUCAACAGGGAGGAGAAAGAGGACGAAGUUGACAUGUCUAACACAGACUGGAUUUUCAAAGACACGGGACACGUGCCGCCUUGGAGGGUCAACGACGAAGACGACGACGACGAUGUAGCAAGUCAACUGAGUGUCCAUAGCUACGACGUCACAGAGAUGGUUAAUGACGUCAUCGAUGAUGCAUUUACCACCCCAAAGAAACAUAGCUCACCUGAUCAAAAUGGAAACGUCAAACAAAAAGGAGAAAAUACGUCAGAAAUUAUUGAAAUGAACAACCUAGCUUCUGAAAUGAACACUCGGCCUGCUGAAAAAGAGACAUUACGUGCUGGAAUCAGUGAUGGUCUACCUAGGCUAAAGAGACAACCGUCCCAUAGAUACGUUGAAACAAUGACGAGAUUGUGAUGUGUGUAUUAUAAGUUGUUUGUGCAUGGGGAUUGAUGAAAGUAUUGUUACUCUGAUAAAGACGUUUGUAAAAUCAUAUACAGGAGGGAAUCUGAAUAGUUGUGGAAACAGUCUGUGGGUGGUGACGUACCGUUAUACUGGCCAUGGGGACACGGGUCAACAGUCUGUGGGUGGUGACAUGUACCGUUGUGUUGGCUAUGGGGGACACGUGUCAACAGUCUGUGGGUGGUGACAUGUACCGUUGUGUUGGCCAUGGGGACACGGGUCAACAGUCUGUGGGUGGUGAUAUGUACCGUUGUGUUGGGUAUGGGGGACACGUGUCAACAGUCUGUGGGUGGUGACAUGUACCGUUGUGUUGGCUAUGGGGGACACGGGUCAACAGUCGGUGGGUGGUGACAUGUACCGUUGUGUUGGCUAUGGGGGACACGGGUCAACAGUCUGUGGGUGAUGACAUGUACCGCUGUGUUGGCUAUGGGGGACCCGGGUCAACAGUCUGUGGGUGGUGACAUGUACCGUUGUGUUGGCUAUGGGGGACACGGGUCAACAGUCGGUGGGUGGUGACAUGUACCGUUAUACUGGCCAUGGGGACACGUGUCAACAGUCGGUGGGUUGUGACAUGUACCGUUAUACUGGCCAUGGGAUCACGUGUCAACAGUCUGUGGGUGGUGACAUGUACCGUUAUACUGGCCAUGGGGACACGUGUCAACAGUCGGUGGGUUGUGACAUGUACCGUUAUACUGGCCAUGGGAUCACGUGUCAACAGUCUGUGGGUGGUGACAUGUACCGUUAUACUGGCCAUGGGAUCACGUGUCAACAGUCUGUGGGUGGUGAAAUGUACCGUUAUACUGGCCAUGGGGACACGUGUCAACAGUCUGUGGGUGGUGACAUGUACCGUUAUACUGGCCAUGGGAUCACGUGUCAACAGUCUGUGGGUGGUGACAUGUACCGUUAUACUGGCCAUGGGGACACGGGUCAACACUCGGUGGGUAGAAUCAUGUACCGUUAUACUGGCCAUGGGGUCACGUGUCAAUAGUCUGUGGGUGGUGACAUGUACCGUUAUACUGGCCAUGGGGACACGGGUCAACACUCGGUGGGUAGAAUCAUGUACCGUUAUACUGGCCAUGGGGUCACGUGUCAACACUCGGUGGGUAGAAUCAUGUACCGUUAUACUGGCCAUGGGGACACGUGUCAACAUUCGGUGGGUAGAAUCAUGUACCGUUAUACUGGCCAUGGGGUCACGUGUCAACACUCGGUGGGUAGAAUCAUGUACCGUUAUACUGGCCAUGGGGACACGUGUCAACAGUCGGUGGGUGGUGACAUGUACCGUUAUACUGGCCAUGGGGACACGUGUCAACAGUCUGUGGGUGGUGACAUGUACCGUUAUACUGGCAAUGAGGACACGUGUCAACAGUCGGUGGGUGGUGACGUACCGUUAUACUGGCCAUUGGGACACUUGUCAACAGUCGGUGGGGUUAAGCAGGCUAUGUUCUUGCCUUGACAUGUCUGUAUUGAAUAGCUAGUUGUAGAAAGAUCCUGAUUGCAAUUAAACUGUUGGUGGUACACUUGA